AUGAGUGUCGAAGCAUCACCAAAAGUAUCGACCAGUUUAAACUGGAAAACAAAGAUUCUGAACGGAUUAAAAACUUUAAAUCUAUUUGAAACUGAAGAAAAUAGUGCGGAAACAAUUUAUUACCAACGAUUAUCCACACGUUUAUAUAUUAGUCUUGUUUCUUUAUUUAUGAUUAUUCUCAUUAUUUAUGGUAUAUUUUCAUCACGCACUAUCAAUGUAACUGUUUCUCAACCUCUCGAGAAUGAAUUUAAGCAACUUUAUACAUUAUAUCCUGACACAUUACAAUGCCCGUGCUCACGAGUAGCUAUGCAAUAUGGUGAAAUUGCUUUUUCUGAAGUUACAUUUCAUGCGGGCAAACCCAAUAAAUUGUAUUAUGGUCGAGGUUGGUUUCAAUUGUCAUGGCCUUGUAACUACCAUGCUGCUGGUAGAUCUCUUGGUGUCGACUUGUUGAGUGAUCCAGAUCUAAUUGAAAAACAGCAGGAUCUCGCUGUCAAAACAGCCAUUUGGUUUUACAAGACAAACAAAAUGGAUGUCCCUGCUAAACAAGGUGAUUUUGCAGCGACUACUCGAAUUAUCAAUGGAAAACUAGAAUGUAGUGGUGGAUCAGGAGCUGCUAAGCAAAAGAAACGCGUUGAAAGCUAUAAACGAAUUCGAAAAUGUUUUGGAUUGGGUGAACCCAAGAAGAAUCCGAUGUGUUAA